GGCUCAAAAAGCAUUGCUUGUAGGGCUUAGGACCACUACUCUGGGCUGAAGAUGGCAGAAGCUACUCUGGCAUUGCGGAAGGUGAGGCUGAUUACAGCCGUGAAGACGCCUUAUCAAGCAGAUGGAAAGAUUGACCUCGAGGCCUUUGACAAACUGGUGGAGCACCAGAUCGCCAAUGGAGUCGAAGGCCUCAUCAUCGGAGGCACCACCGGAGAGGGCCACCUCUUGUCCUUGGAGGAGCGAAUUGGUCUGGUGAGCCACAGCAAGGCCAAGUUCGGUGGACGGAUCUACAUCGUCGGCAACACCGGCAGCAACCACACCGCCGCAGCUGUCCAUGCUACGGAGAAGGGCUUUGCGGCCGGGAUGGACGCAGCGCUUCUCAUCAACCCAUACUAUGGCAAGACCUCGGACUCCGGUAUUGUCAUGCACUUGGAGGCCGCCCUGAAGUUUGGCCCUGCCUUCAUCUACAACGUACCGGGGCGAACCGGUCAGGACAUCAAGCCUGAGGUGAUCAUGAAGAUUAAGGAUCAUCCGCACUUCAUCGGCGUGAAGGAAUGCAUGGGAAACGAGCGCAUCAAGGAGCUCUCUGACCAGGGCAUCUGCUGCUGGUCCGGCAACGACGACCAGCCACUCGGGCGACUGGACAUUGGGUGGGAGUUAGUUUCCCUCUACCCGUUGGCCAAAGACACAUCCUCAUUGAUGCACCAGUCCAGACACAAGUGUGGCGCUGUCGGUGUGAUCUCUGUGACGUCCAAUGUGGUUCCGGGCUUGGUCAAGAGGCUGAUGACACAGGAGGAUGAGGAACUGAAUGCCAAAUUGGGGCCGCUCUACAAAUGGCUCUUCACAGAUCCGAAUCCCAUUGGGGUCAAUACGAUGCUGAUGAUGCUGGGCGCUGCAAAGCCAAUUUUUCGAUUACCAUACACCUUUGUGCCCAGGGAUCGACGGCUGGCGGGACUUGAGCUGGUGAAGUCCAUUGGUCUCGAGCACUGCCCUGCGUUUGGAGAACUCAAGGCGCUUGAGGACGCUGAGUUCCAGCACGUCGUGGCAUGAUUUUGGAAGUUUUCGACACUACAGCCAAGCUACUGACUGGCCGGAUGCUUCACUUAAGAUCUGCGCAGCAGAUUAGCGUCCCGGGAAAGUCACUGGCGAUGUCAUCUGCUCUGAGCUUUUGACCCCCACCGCGAGCGGCGUCUCACGCCGCACCGCGCCCUCCGUGGGGUGCCCCCCUGAGAUUGGCGGUCCAUCGUCUGCCAGCGGCGCGGAAAGACGGAUCACACAGCGGAAAA